CUGGAAACCCCCCGCUGGAUAAAAAGCGGCGCGCUGAACGGGGCUGCUGGAGCACACGGCCGCGCUGCACGGCAGCAUGUAGGCUGCGGGGUCCAGCGGAGCACAGCGGGUUUAAAUGGGCAAUCUGAUGGGCGGCCUGAGGUACAAGGAGCCGAGCACGGUGGAGGAGUGCGACUCGACAUGGGAGACGGACUCGGAGAGCGAGGAGCUGCAGCAGCAGGGAGCCGAGGAGGACAGCGGCGUCCUGGACAGCAUGAGUCCCGAAAUGACGGGCAAACACAGCGAGAGGACGGACAGCUUCCAGCAGUUUGAUGACACAGCUGAGUCGUCCACUAAGAUGAAAAGGAGCUUUUAUGCUGCCAAGGACCUGUACAAGUACCGCCAUAGUUAUCCGAAUUACAAAGAACCCCGGCAGCCGAACGAGUAUUGCAAUCUGAGGUUCUACCUGAAUAAGAUUCCUCUGGUUCCUGACGGAAUCUACAUUGAAGAGAUCCUUACCAAAUGGAAAGGAGACUAUGACAAGCUUGAGCACAAUCACACUUAUAUUCAAUGGCUCUUCCCACUCAGGGAGCAAGGUCUCAAUUUCUAUGCCCAGGAACUCACUCAGGAUGAGAUCAAGGAAUUCCUAAACACUAGAGAGGCUAAGCGACGCUUCUUGCUGGCAUACACCAUCAUGCUGGACUUCUUUGGGAUCAAACUCCUGGAUAAGAAUGGAAAUGUGGCCCGAGCUUCAAACUGGCAGGACCGCUUCCAGCACUUAAACGAGUCUCAGCACAACUACCUGCGGAUCACACGGAUCCUGAAGAGUCUUGGCGAGCUUGGCUUUGAGAGCUUUAAGUCCCCUCUAGUGCAUCUGCUGCUGCAGGAGGCUCUGGUGGAGGGCACGCUGCCCAACAUGCGCCACAGCGCACUGGAGUAUUUUGUGUACACAGUGCGGGCGCACAGCCAGAGACGCACACUUCUACGCUUCGCCCAACGCCACUACCAGCCCCCCGAGAACUUCAUCUGGGGACCCCCUAAGAGAAGGCGGUUACCAGGGGAGCAUCGGAGCACAAGCAAAGCUAGAUCUCCUAUUCAGGGAAGUCCAAACAGCCCCAGGGCAGAGAAGGGGGAGCCAGAGGGGAUUGAAGCAAGGGACUGGAAGACAACAAAGAUUGCCAGAACCAUUCCAGAGGGUCUGGGAUUGGUAGACACAGAGGAAUAUAUUGAAACUGUCCCACUAUAAGAACUGGGGAAUGGAGGACUCAGGGAACAAGCCUUAUAUAUACAUAUAUAUACAUAUAUAUAUAUAUA